CAUCAUAAUUUAAAUAUAUGUGCAUGUAUAUCUAAAUAUAUGAAAAUCAUUGUAUAUAUAAGACAGAAUAAUUGUGAAAAAUAUAUCAGUUUUUUAAAAAUGAACGGAUUGAUGAUUAUAUUUAUUGUUUGCUGUGCAAUUGGUCUAGCGAUUGCACAAGGACCUGGUGGUAUGGGGGGUCCACCUCAUCCACCUCAUGGUAUGGGAGGUCCCCCACCUCCCCCUGGUGGGAUGGGAGGCCCAGGAGGUGGUCAAGGUGGAAUGGGUGGUCAAGCUGGUGGGCAAAUGAGUGGUGGAUUUGGUGGACAGGGUGGAGGAGAAUCUGAUAUGAAUGAGGGCUCAAGACAAAGGAGAAGUUUAGGAGACGAUGAACCUCAAACUUUUUUUAUCGAAUUCGCGGAAAAAAUUCAUAAUGAUAUGCAAGGCCUAGCUGGAGGCGCCAGAGGACGACGUUCACCUCAGAGACGACCUAAAGGACCAGAAGAUAUGGGAAGAAAAAUUUGAUUUAUUAAUUAUGAAAAAUAAAAAAAUUAGUUAUGACUUUUGCUGAUAUAUUUGAUUAUGAUGUAUGAUGUAUAUUUAUAUAAAGAUUUAUUAUUACUAAAUAGAGUUAUCGAUUUAUGUAUACAUGUAUUUAAGUUUGAUAAAUUCUGCACAUGGCAAUAAAAAUAAAUGUAUUUUGAAAAAUG